ACUACUCAACAGUAGAGGAGGUGAGAGAAGCUGUAGCUGAAGCUCCGGAGCCCGCUUCUCUCUGGCGUUGGGAUUAAAAGAGCAGUCACUGGGUAAUUUUUCUGCCAUAUUUUUUUUUUUCGGAUGUUGUUGCUACACGGGACUGGUCGGAGGUUUUUCUUUCGGAACAUUUAAUUUGACCGGUGUUAGCUGAGGGCACAAAGGCGUCCAGUCCCCCCCCCACCCUCCACUAGCCGAUGUUGGCUAACAGAGACUAGCUGCUAACAACACAUCCUCACAACCACUGACUCGCUCUGUGUCAUACGCUUUCUGUUUUGUGGUAGCUGCUUACUUAUAACCGGAGUAAAGUGGGUUUAUUCGCGGCUGCCACUCAUGAAAGCGUCGUUUGUGUGCGGCUCGGCUCUCGGCUGGGUGUUUUUCGGUCUCGUACGGGGAUGGUGGCGGUAGCAGAACCAGCUAACCUCACUCCCGUCUGAAGGAGAAGGAGAAGAAGAAGAAGAAGAAGAAGUAGAGGGGACCACUUAAGCCCAGUGGGAGUUUCUCGCUUGUGUUUAUGUUCAUUGUGAAUCCGGGCUGGAUGUCGCUACGAGGAGCCCGACAAUCACUAGCACACGACUGAGCGGAAACUGGGAAUAUCGCUAACACACCGGAGGGAUUAUUUUCGUGCCUCUAAGUGGAUUUCGGCCUCCUGCUCCUGGAUCGUCGUGGGAACACAGUUGAGGGGGUUUUGACAUUGAGUGAGCCCACUCCUGCAAAAAUUAUCCUCUCUCUCUCUCCCUCCCUCCCUCUCCCUCCCUCCUUCCUUCCCUCCCCCCAUCUUCAUCCUCCGAUGCGGAGAUUUCAGUAGCCCCACGGUAGCCCCCUUAUCCCCCCCCUACCUACCCCCCACCCCACGGCGGCCGGACAUGCUGAAGUGUAUCCCCCUGUGGCGCUGCAACCGCCACGUCGAGUCUGUGGACAAGCGGCAUUGCAACUUGCAGACAAUCCCCGAUGAAAUAUUCCGCUACAGUCGCAGCCUGGAGGAGCUCCUCCUCGAUGCCAACCAACUCAAAGAGCUGCCAAAGCCUUUCUUCAGACUACUGAACCUUCGAAAGCUCGGCCUGAGUGACAAUGAGAUCCAGAGACUCCCUCCCGAGGUGGCCAACUUCAUGCAGCUGGUGGAGCUCGACAUCUCCAGAAACGACAUUCCUGAGAUCCCUGAGAGCAUUAAGUUUUGCAGGGCUUUGGAGAUCGCGGACUUCAGCGGAAACCCCCUCUCCAGAUUGCCGGAUGGUUUCACUCAGCUCCGAACGCUGGCUCACUUGGCGCUCAACGACGUGUCAUUACAGACUCUGCCCAGCGACAUUGGAAAUCUGGCCAACCUGGUGACGUUGGAGCUCAGGGAAAACCUGUUGAAGUCUCUGCCCACGUCACUGUCUUUCCUGGUAAAACUGGAACAGCUGGACCUAGGCAGCAAUGAACUGGAAGUUUUGCCGGACACUCUGGGUGCUCUUCCCAACUUGAGGGAGCUGUGGUUAGACCGUAACCAGUUGUCCUCUUUACCUCCAGAGCUGGGAAACCUUCGGAGACUGGUGUGUCUGGAUGUGUCAGAAAAUCGUUUGGAGGAGCUUCCCUCAGAGCUUAACGGCCUCCUGGCUCUCACAGACCUGCUGCUCACACAGAACCUCCUGGAGGUCGUUCCAGACAGCAUAGGUUGUCUGAAACAGCUGUCCAUCCUGAAGGUAGAUCAGAACAGACUGACCCAGUUGACAGAUUCAAUAGGGGAGUGCGAAAACCUCACAGAGCUCGUCCUGACAGAGAACCUUUUACAGUCGCUUCCUCGCUCGCUGGGCAAGCUGAAGAAGCUGACCAAUCUGAAUGUAGACCGCAACCGGCUGGGCAGCGUGCCCAAAGAGCUGGGCGGCUGUGCCAGCCUCAACGUUCUCUCAUUAAGAGACAACCGCCUUGGCAAACUGCCUGCUGAGCUCGCAGAUGCCACGGAGCUGCAUGUCCUGGACGUGGCUGGAAACAGAUUACAAAACUUGCCUUUUGCCCUGACAAACCUCAAUCUGAAGGCCAUGUGGCUCGCCGAGAACCAGUCACAGCCCAUGCUCAAGUUCCAGACGGAGGAUGAUGAGCGAACGGGAGAGAAAGUGUUGACCUGUUAUUUACUGCCCCAGCAGCCUUCGCCGAGCCUAGAGAACCUGCUGCAGAACAGCGUCGAUGACAGCUGGACGGACAGCAACCUGAACCGGGUGUCGGUCAUUCAGUUCCAGGAGGAGACCAAGGCCGAGGACGAGGACGACGAAGCUGCAGCAGAACGCAGAGGCCUUCAGCGCAGAGCCACGCCGCACCCCAGUGAGCUGAAGGUGAUGAAGAAGGUGAUCGAGGAGAGGAGGAACGAAGCCUACACAUCCAGAACUGAUGGAGAAGAGGAGUCCCUUGACCCACAGGAGAAACGUCUCAGCGACCUCUCCAACCAGAGCCACGACUCCCAGGUGUCCAACAGCACGCUGUCCGCCACCUCCCACGAGGACAGACAAAAUGUGACCGCCGCCUCGCACAGGGAGGACCUCGUGGACGGCCAUGAGGAGGAGGACCUGGACGAGAUGGAGGUGGAGUACAUCGAGCCGACUGUGCACUUUGCGGAAGAGCCCAUCUUCCGCGGCGGGGACGAGGACGACGAAGACGACGGGGAGGACGGAGAGAGGAGCGACGAGGAAGACGAGAGGCCGGCUUUCCCCGCGGAGAAGCAGCGCCUGAUCAGGAAGGACACGCCACACUACAAGAAGCACUUCAAAAUCACCAAGCUGCCCAAGCCCGAGGCCGUGGCCGCGCUGCUGCAGGGAUUCAACCCCGACAGCCUCAACUCUCCCACGCAGGCUCCCGAGGAGGAGGACGAGGAGGAGGACGAGGAGGACGAGCCGAGCAUUAGGACCCCUCAGCAUCAUCACAGGAUGGAGGAGCUGGAGGACAGCCGCCAUCAGGUCAACUCCAGUCAAGUGAAGGGGGUGUCAUUUGAUCAAGUCAAUAAUCUGCUGAUUGAACCUGCUCGAAUUGAGGAGGAAGAGCAUUCUCUGACCAUCAUGCGACAAACAGGGGGUCUGGGUAUCAGCAUCGCCGGAGGUAAAGGAUCUACACCCUACAAGGGAGAUGAUGAGGGAAUCUUCAUUUCAAGAGUAUCUGAGGAGGGUCCGGCGGCUAGAGCAGGGGUUAAAGUUGGAGACAAACUCCUAGAGGUGAACGGAGUGGACCUCCACGAGGCGGAGCACCACACGGCCGUGGAGGCUCUCCGCAGUUCUGGGACCAGCGUCUCCAUGACGGUGCUCCGGGAGCGCAUGGUGGAGCCGGAGAACGCCAUCACCACCACGCCGCUGAGGCCCGAGGACGACUACUUCCCGCGGGAGAGGAGGAGCAGCGGCAUCGCCUUCAACAUGGAGAGCAGCCUCAGCGGGCCCCGGCAGCGCUUCUCCACCUGCCUCAUCCGCAACGACAAGGGGCUGGGCUUCAGCAUCGCGGGGGGCAAAGGCUCCACGCCGUACCGCACGGGAGACACGGGAAUCUACAUCUCCCGUAUCGCUGAGGGUGGAGCAGCACACAGAGACAGUACGCUGCGCGUAGGCGACAGGGUGAUCUCGAUCAAUGGUGUAGACAUGGCAGAGGCCAGGCAUGACCAGGCAGUAGCGCUCCUCACUGGCACCUCCCCCACCAUCACCCUCCUGGUGGAGCGCGACCCCAACGCUCCGGGGGGCUCCCCCGGUCAGUCCCGGGCGCGAGCCCACUCCCCGCCGCCCCCGGAGCCCUCGGACUCUCCGGACCAGGAGGAGGAGGGCCUCCACGGGAACCACAUGACCCGGAUGGAGGACGAGUACCCCAUCGAGGAAGUGACGUUGCUGAAGUCAGGAGGCCCCUUAGGCCUGAGCAUCGUGGGAGGCAGCGACCACGCCAGCCACCCUUUCGGCGUCAAUGAACCAGGGGUUUUCAUCUCAAAGGUGAUUCCUCACGGUCUGGCGUGUCAGAGCGGGCUGCGAGUCGGGGACCGGAUACUGGAGGUGAACGCGAUCGACCUGCGUCACGCCACGCACCAGGAGGCCGUGCGGGCGCUGCUGGCCAACAAGCAGGAGAUACGCAUGCUGGUGCGGAGGGACCCUUCGCCUCCUGGGAUGCAGGAAAUCGUGAUUCAGAAGCAGCCGGGCGAGAAGCUGGGCAUCAGCAUUCGCGGGGGGGCCAAGGGUCACGCUGGAAACCCCUUCGACCCCACAGAUGAGGGCAUCUUCAUCUCAAAGGUGAGUUCGAGCGGAGCGGCAGCGAGAGACGGGCGGCUGCAGGUCGGCAUGCGCAUCCUGGAGGUGAACAACCACAGCCUGCUGGGAAUGACGCACACGGAGGCAGUGAGGGUCCUCCGAGCCGUGGGGGACUCUCUGGUCAUGCUGGUGUGCGAUGGCUUCGACCCACGCAAGGUCGCUGCUGUGGAGGCGUCUCCUGGCAUCAUUGCCAACCCGUUCGCAACAGGCAUCGUACGCAAGAACAGCAUGGAGAGCAUCUCCUCCAUCGACCGAGACCUGAGCCCAGAGGAGAUUGACAUAAUGCAGAAGGAGUCUGAGAUGGUGAGAGAGACAUCGCAGUGGGAGAGAGAAGAGAUGGAGAAAGUGGAGCGUAUGCGGGUGGAGCGUGAGGAGGCCACUCGCCUGCUAGAAGAGGAGACUGAGAGCAUCGGCACUGGACCUCUAAAACUUGACUACAAAACCCUGGCUGCGCUGCCCACCACCAGCCUGCAGAAGGUCAACAGAUUCUCUACCUCUAUUACUGUGACUGGUCCCAUGGAGGCCCCCCUGCAGGCCCAGUACGGAGCCCCUUUAGAGCCCCUGGGCUUCGGGUUGAGUCAGCCCCCGGCCCCCCUCGACCACAUGGACCCUGAGUCCGGUCUCAGUCUGAGCUCAGACCACGGUUACCUUCGCGGAUCCCAGUUCUCUCCUCACGAGUCCUCCGCCACCGAGAGCGCCGGCUCGACGACCACCAUCGAUUCAACGUUCGCGCCCGAAGAAGAGGAGGAGGAGGAGUGUCUGGUGGACUCUCAGCCUAUGUGCUUCAAGGAGAAUCCUUUCCUAGUGGCCAAUCGCAAGGGGAAGGGCCUCCCUCCUGGAGAUCGGAUCCUGUCGGGGCCUCCGGUGGGAUACGGCAAACAGGGCCAGCUGCAGCCCUGGUUGUUCAGCAAGGCACCUUCUUCCGAUUUCAGGACAGACAGCCCGAUCAGGGAAGCACCUUACUCUCCUACCAUUCAACCGCCCAGCCACCACUCUUCCAACAGCUCCCUGUGCGCAGGCAGGGAGACGCGCUUCGCAAACAUUCAUUACUCAUCCACUCCCGCUGCCAAGGACAGCUCGCCAUCAUCAACGCGACCAGGUGCCAUCCAGCCCGCUGGGCGCGUGUGGCCAAACGCAUCCCCCGCCACUCCAGACGGCCACACUCCCAACCCCUUUCAGCAUGGCCCCCCUCCCUUCAACUCCCAGACCUCUCCUCGCGCCCCCUCCCCCUCCUCGCCCGACGAGUUCCCCAUGAAUGUCAGGCAGGCAUACAAGGCGUUUGCCGCCGUGCCUCGUUCUCUGGCAGUGCUGGAGCCGCCGCAGGACCCGUACGGUGUGAGGAACAACUUCCACCCGAAACAACCGUCUCCAGAGGCCGAGUUGAACAACGAGGUGUUUGAUGAUGACACAGACGGUCAGGAGGGAGCCGGCGAGGGUCUGACCGGCACGGUCUCCCCUCGUCCCUCCCUCUCAUCUGACCGUCGAGGGUAUUUGAGCCUGGCGGCAGUGCCUCGCCACUCCAGGCCUUCCCUGGACCAACAGACCCCAUCUCCGAGUGGCAAGGGCAGCCCAGAGCAGCGUUCCUUCAGGGACAGACAGAAAUACUUUGAGAUUGACGUGAAGCAGCAGACACCAGACAAACCCAAACCUCGAGUCUCACUUGUUGGAGAAGAUGAUCUUAAGAAAAUGAGAGAGGAAGAAGAGAGGAAGUUUGAACAGCGUGCACGUGAGUACCUGAUGGAUGAAGACGAGGAGGAUGAGGAGGAGGACCUGGCCAAGCAGGUGGCACAGAUGAAAGCGACAGGGAAGGUGUUGCUGGAUGGAGUGGAGUACAAUGUGGAGCCAGUGUCCACCCCGUCGCAGCACUGCUCCACGCCACCAAGUUACAACGUCACGCCACCCAGCUACUACGGCAGCUCAGGGCCUUCCUCAGUCGAUGGUAAGGGAGACUCUCAGAGGAAUUCGUUGGAGGACAGCUUCAGGCUAGAGCAGAGGCCCAACUCUAUGACUGGUCUGAUCCCAGUUUACCCCGGGGAGACUGCUGCUCCCAUCCGCACAGCCAAAGCCGAACGUAGACACCAGGAGAGGAUUCGCAUGCAGAGCCCCGAGCUGGCUGUGGCCCCGGACAAGGACCUGUCCCCUGCAGAGAAACGAGCCCUGGAAGCUGAGAAAAGAGCCAUGUGGAGGGCAGCACGGCCCUAUGGCCUAGAGGAGGAUGUUAGGCAGUAUGAGCAGGACCUGGCUAAGAGGCUCUACCAGGCCCGAGUGAGGGCAUCACAGGGCACGGCCGCGGGCCCCCAGCCCCCCACUUCCUCCUCCUCCGCAGCCUCCCAGCUCAGCAUGAAGUCUCUGGAGCAGGAUGCACUGAAAGCUCAGAUGGUGAUUGCAAAGUCUCGGGAUGGGAAGAAACGUGGGACACUAGACCAGCUGACCGAGUCGCCCUCGCCUGCCCCAACACCCUCUCCCACCCCUAUGGAAGAGCUCGGUCCUCGAGGAGUAACCUCACCAGGCAGGCUGUCCCUGUCAUCAAAGAAGUUUGACUACCGACAGUUCGCUGCCAUUCCUUCUUCCAAACCCGUAUACGACAUCCAGUCUCCUGACUCCGCUGACAACUUAGAGUUUAUUGACGACGGCUCCAGCAACCCAGGGCUGACUGCAAGCCCCGAGGUUGAGGUUUCCACCCCGCUGCCUGCCACCUCUGCCCUGGAGGAGAUGGCCCUGUACAGCAACAAACGCAAACUGAGGCAGGGCCGCCGCAGCCUGGAAACCGCUGUGCCCACGUAACACGUCACUGACAGAAGAAACCCCAGAACAUAAUGCGAAUAUAUACACAUUUACAUACACUGUGGAACACUGGUAACAUAUAGGUGCAGAUUCACUAAACACAGUGUCAGUAGAGCGAGAUUAACUCUCCUACAUAUAUAUAUAUAUAUAUAAAACCACUGCAGAGACUGUGGAGCUAAUAGUCGCCACACAUAGACACUUAACUUGUAUCCUGCGUGCCAGUCUUGCCUUUACAGUCUGUGGGUGAGUUGGCAAGUUGCUCAACGAUCCCUCCGGGGCAAGAGAGAGCUAGUGUGGUUAGCUAGGAUUUCUACUAGACCAUUCUUCUUUUUUGUUCAACAUUUGCCUAGUAGAAUCUAUUUUAACUUGAGGUGAUCAAAGUUUUUAGCAUUUUUUUUCUGCGCCUUCAGUGAUUUUGCUGUUUGUUUUGUUUCAUUUUUUUUUUUUUAAAAGAACGAAAACAUACUGGAAGUUAAAAGAAAUGGGUUAUAGCUAUACUAACUUCUUGAAUGAUAUUUUUAGGCUUUCAGUGAUUAGACUGUAAAAUGUCUUGUUUCUUGAGGCUUGGGCUGACAGGAAUGUAUAUAUAUAUGUAUGAACUGAGGAGGGAACAUCCUGCUACCUUCAUAGUCACAAACUGUGGAGAGUUUUUAAAAACAUAUCAUGUUUGCACUGCCACUGAUCUACAUAUAUAUUAAUUUAUUGUUUUUACUAAAAUUGAAGGCCUUCUGUUUUACAGUUUUAACCCGAUCAGUGUUUUUGGGUUCAAGAGGACAACUAUCAUAAUUUAUCCUCAAAUACAGAUAAAGCUUCUUAUUAUUAGCAUAUCACUUUAUUUCACUUAAUCUACUUUAUACAGACAGUUUUAAUCUGCCAGGCUUUUUGAGUCAAGCAUAUCUACAAGUUAAAUUGCUUGGACUUAGUCGUUGCACAUGGCUUUCAUAACACAGGAAUGGGUUCUCUCGUCUCGGCAGACUCUGUCCAGAUUUAUUAACUGUGUUACAUUCCCCUGUAGAGAGCAUGACUACACUGGAGGCAGCAGCUUUGAGCGGGUAGUUUUAGAGUGAAUAUUCAUGGUUGGGAACAUGCAUUUUAGCAUCAUUUCUUAAUUAAUGGUACUUACCCUGCCCUGUUUUGGGUUUUGUUUUUAAUCAAUGUGAAUCAGUCAUUUUUAUCAUGCAUUAUCAGGUGUGCCACAGUGACAUGAAGGUAGCAGGUGUUUUAUUUUUCUGUCUAUGGUUAAUUUAAAUCUGAUGCCACUGAAAAUCAUUUAUUAUUGUGUGAAUAAUGUACAAAUACUGAGGAAACAAAAUUUGGGGGUUUGAAACUGAGCCAGUCUUGACCCACAGAAAACGAGAGUCUAGACUGGUGAUGCAUCAAGGUUUGGACGGGCUUGGUGCCAGGAUGCUCUCUGCAUGUAUAUUGGUUUGUUAAAUGGGAGAGCUGUGAGAGGCAGAACCAAUUAAGAAUCCCUCUCAAGACAUGGAUCUCAUUCAGACAUUCAGCUCACAGCUUCACACGAUGUCAGUUUAUCUGACGGGUAUUUUUGCAGAAUCACAGCAUCGUAGCAUUUGUGUUAAUUUAAUGUAGGGUCUUUUAAUUCUAGCUUUCCAUGUUGCUCUCACUGACUGAAAUUCAGUUUGAUAACAUUUGCAAUGGCUGAUAUCUUUUUUUAAACUUACAGUAGAUGAAUCUUUUUUUCAGAUGGGUUUCACUACAUUAUUGAUGCAGUGUUUCUGUGUUUAUUCUUUUGUCUUGAGUUCUCUUUGGGGGCUUUACUUGCAAAUAGGUCAGAGGGAAAGGGUCAGAGGUCCUAGGGUCAAGGGUUAUAGCUCACACAAGACUGUAACUAGUGAAUUUGUACAACCAAAGAAGUCUAUUUUGUGGUUCAGGAAUAAUAAAUUUUACUUUUCAUUUAAGAAGUGGA